AUGAACAAACAACCCACCCCCGCCCCGGAAGUCGAUGAAAAGGCCAAGAGUGAGGAGCCGCCUUUGGUUUUUGUGACGGUCCGUCAACGGAGUGCGGUUUCGAGACGCGCGGACGAGACGGAUACCUGGGGAAUUGAUGAAAUUGAUGCCAAGGAAGAGUGUAGACUGAUUCUGAAGGAUGGAAACGCAACUGUAGGUGAAUUAGAGUUUAUUCGGGUUGGAGUUGUUAUCGGUAUUUCCGAGUUGCUUUGAAAUGGCAUUAUUUUAGGUAUCAGUUUUGUCCCGGCUGAAUACCUUCCGCCGGAAUCGAGAAUUAUGCGAUGUUGUCCUCUUUGUGAAGGAGCGGGAGAUCCUGGCACAUAAAGUUGUUCUGGCUGCUCUUUCCAAUUCACUUUUGGAUAUGUUUGUGACUGACAGCGAUAACCGUAAGUUCUCCUAAUUUUAUACCUAAAAUCUUCCUUAUUUUUAGCUGUCAAACCGGCUAAGUCGGAUUCCGUUUCAAACAUGUCAUAUUUCGAGUUCAACCAAGGAGAUUACGAAUGCUUCGAAGCGUUGGUUGACUUCGCCUACACUGGAGUUUUAACGAUUAGCAAUAGGAAAGUGGCAGAUCUUUAUAAGACGGCCUAUGCCCUUCAAGUUCACACCGUGGCCAUGGCCUGUGCUCGACAUCUGGCCGAGAAUCUGAGUUGCGGAAAUUGCAUUGGAAUUAGAAGACACGCCAAUUUCAAUAAUGAUUCUUUCCUCGUGAACAAAGUGGAUACUUUUAUCGCCGAGAACAUUGAGAAUAUCAUAUCCGAAAGUGUCGAAUUCACUCAACUUCCUUGCGUCAAACUGCGGAUUAUAGUCCCAAAACACGAACAACUAAGUCACGAUGCUGGAGUUAAUUUGGCCGAGAGAUCAUUGACUUAUUUCCAGAGAUACCCGAAGAUUUCUGAUCGGGUUGAUCAACAGAUCGAGGCAUUGGUGCAGAAAGUAAGUUUGGCUGUUAUGAGUAGUGGUCUUGCGCAUCUAAAAAUCUGUUUUUGCCAUUUUUGGGUAUUAUAUUUGGUCUUCAAGGCUUCCUGAGAGUUUUUUAUCUCAAAAUUCCGUCUUAAUCUUGAGAAAUCCAUUCAAAACAAAUCGUAUUCCACACGGUAUCGAAUACUCAAUCUUUGUUUGUCACCGCGUUCUUUGCCCUCUCUAAUCGACCAUUUUUCAGUCCCAUUUGUUGUUCGUUGAAGAGGAUUUGAGUCUGCAAGACUGUGCCGAGAUGGAUGAUCAGAGUUCCGUGGGGUCCUGUGAUGUGGUCCAGGACUACAAACGUUCCAAGCAGUCCAAAUCGUCCAAGUCAGCUGGCCACAACAGGUGAGUCAAGUCUUUUUUUUUGUUUUCAAAAUUCGGAACGGCCGAACACUCGUUUAAGUCACGUUUUGAUGGCCCAACGUGGGUUGAGAAGAGAUAAACAAGAGCUGAGACGUCAAAUGUAUGAGAAAAGAGCCUUCUGGAAAGCGUUUCUUGGGUUUUUGAUGACUUCGUCUCGUGAAAUAUAGGCUUGACAUAAGAUGACGUCUAUCCAAGUGUAUUUCGUGGUUGAUUUCAGCCAAAUAAUUGGAGCCCAGCCUGUCCAACAUCACGUGACUGGUGCUCUCCCAGUGAAGAUUAAUGCCAGCAGAGUUGCCAAUGCCAAAUAUGCGUCGAAUGAGUCGCUAAAUUCAUGCGCAUCUUCCCAAACUGAUGUGGAAGAUGAGAUUGAAUCAAAAUUGAUUGCUGUUAAUGAGACUUCGAGAGGAUUCUGGAUUGCUCUGGCUGUUUUAUACAAGAAGUUGGUGGUCUUGAGCAUCCAUUUGACUGAUGAUGAGGAAGUUGCCGGAUCCGGGGACUCAAACUCGGCCACUCCGCCACUUCAAGAUGCCAAGAAUUCAACAAAUAAUAAUACAAUUAUCAUGACCAAACAAACAACUGAUGUUCAGCAGAACUCUGUCCUGGCGAAAUUGGCAAGUUGCGUAUCGGUGGCUAGAAGUCCAUUACCCGCAAUGAGUGUGGCCAGAUGCUCAGUGGGAGCGGCGUUUUUGAACGGGAAAAUCAUUGUUUGUGGUAAGUAUUUUAUAAAUUUUCGGUUUACACGUUACAUUAGAACCUUUAUCAUUCGUGAUGGUUAAUGUAAUUCCAGGUGGUUAUGAUCGAGGAGAAUGCCUCAAAACAGUAGAAGAAUUCGAUAUUUCCCUGAAUGAAUGGAAGAGACUCCCAUUGAUGACCUGCGAACGAGGUCGUUUUGAUGUGGCCGUUUCUGGAGGAAAGGUGUACGCAGUCGCUGGAUCCAAUGGAAAUUAUGACCUCAAGUCCGCGGAAGUCUACGAUCCGAAGAUCGAGAAAUGGGUCCAAAUCGCACCCAUGGCCAAGGCGCGGUCUCAUAAUGGAUGCGCUUCUUUGGAUGGAUUCAUCUAUAGUCUGGGAGGAUCUAACGAUCAAAUGGCCCUAAGGGAAUGCGAGAGAUAUAAUCCGGAAUCUGGAGUCUGGGAAGCGAUUGCUCCGAUGCAACAGGCCCGCCAACAAGCUGGCUGCACUUCUUGGAGAGGAAUGGUCGUCUGUGUUGGUGGAUGCGACAGAUGGAAUUGCCUCGAAUCAGUAGAAGCGUUUGAUCCAGCGACUGGACAAUGGAGAACGUUGGCCAAGCUGACAACUCCGAGAAGAGGAUGUGCUGUGGCAGUAGUUAGAGGUAAGGGAAUCGUUGCUUCGGUGAUAUUGUAUUUAGAUUCUCUGUAUGUGAUUGGUGGUCAUGAUGGACAACAAUCCUUGAAUUUGGUAGAGGCUCUGGAUCAUCCAAAUGGCCACUGGAGAACUGUACCGUCGCUUUGCACACCUAGGACGAACACUCAUGCCGUCGUAACAGCUGGAAAUGCCAUUUAUGUCAUCGGGGGAUUUGAUGGAAACCAAUUUUUAUCGACCAUGGAAGUCCUAGAGAAUGGUAAGAUUGGCCUUAGGCUUUAAAGCUGUGUAUCCUAAAUAACGUAAAAAUAUUUACGAUGAAUAUCUCCAGAAUCUAUCGGAUGGCGUGGAUGGAUCCAAACCCGCCUUUCCCAGGACCUUGUUGAAGAAGAAGAAGAGGAAGAAGUCGAACAUCCCGAGCUCUCCAACCCAAAAGAACGCUCCGAUUCUGCCACUCCACGUGCUGCCGUCUCAGUCAACUAA